CUACACAUUAACUGAAUCACUGUCAGAAAAAAUACAGUUUUCAAAUAUCCAUGUCACACACAUCAAUAGCAUGCAUAUGAGAAUGCUGCCAUCUUAAGGCUGAGUGAACACAUAAUGUUCCAAGCUCUUGUAAAUUGAACACACACCUGUGACCUGCAUGUUACAUAAGAAAAUAAAAAGCAAAUCAAAUAAUGCCUGUGUAAAAUUAGACUACUCGUUUCAUAUAUUCCAUAUUUUCUUGAAACAGUUACAAACAAAUGAUUCUAGUUAAACCAGUAACUAUCCAAUUUCCAGAGUCUUCACAAUUUUCUAGCUUAUUGCCUUAUGGCAGCACUAUUUUUCUAUACAGACAGGCAUUUGUGACUGAGCAGUGGUUAAGAGAGCUAUGUUCAUCAGCCAUUAAUGGUCUAGGGUAGACAAAUGCACCUCAUUUUAAAGGCUUACAGUAUCAAUGCAUUUUCAUGUACACCAAAUCCUCUUACAUGACAGGAAUCCACUUUCUGUGGCGAAUCGCAUCUCUGCAUGUCUGGCAGACAUAUCAGUGUGGAUGACGGAUCACCACCUCAAGCUGAACCUCGGCAAGACGGAGCUGCUCUUCCUCCCGGGGAAGGACUGCCCGUUCCAUGAUCUCGCCAUCACGGUUGAUAACUCCAUUGUGUCCUCCUCCCAGAGCGCUAAGAACCUUGGCGUGAUCCUGGACAACACCCUGUCGUUCUCAACUAACAUCAAGGCGGUGGCCCGUUCCUGUAGGUUCAUGCUCUACAACAUCCACAGAGUACGACCCUGCCUCACACAGGAAGCGGCGCAGGUCCUAAUCCAGGCACUUGUCAUCUCCCGUCUGGACUACUGCAACUCGCUGUUGGCUGGGCUCCCUGCCUGUGCCAUUAAACCCCUACAACUCAUCCAGAACGCCGCAGCCCGUCUGGUGUUCAACCUUCCCAAGUUCUCUCACGUCACCCCGCUCCUCCGCUCUCUCCACUGGCUUCCAGUUGAAGCUCGCAUCUGCUACAAGACCAUGGUGCUUGCCUACGGAGCUGUGAGGGGAACGGCACCUCAGUACCUCCAGGCUCUGAUCAGGCCCUACACCCAAACAAGGGCACUGCGUUCAUCCACCUCUGGCCUGCUCGCCUCCCUACCACUGAGGAAGUACAGUUCCCGCUCAGCCCAGUCAAAACUGUUCGCUGCUCUGGCCCCCCAAUGGUGGAACAAACUCCCUCACGACGCCAGGACAGCGGAGUCAAUCACCACCUUCCGGAGACACCUGAAACCCCACCUCUUUAAGGAAUACCUAGGAUAGGAUAAGUAAUCCUUCU